AUGGACAAAAAUGUGAACAUCAAGACGGUGAUUAGAAAGACGGAAGACGUCGGCGCGCACAGCGAAUUCCGCACUUUCCCAUUCGAGUUGCUGGCCGGUGAAGACGAUAUGAAUGUCGUUCAGAGCGAGCAGGAUUGUGUGUUCCAUUUCGACUACUCGCGAGUCUACUGGAACAGUCGUUUGGAGACGGAACACCGUCGACUGGUGCAGAAGUUCCGCCCUGGCGAAAUGGUCUGCGAUGUCAUGGCCGGCGUUGGCCCCUUCGCGGUCCCUGCCGGCAAGAAGAAGAUCUUUGUUUGGGCCAAUGAUCUCAACCCGCACGGAUACGAAGUCAUGCAGGAUGCAGUCAAGAGGAACCGCGUGGAACCGUUUGUGACUCCGUUCAACCAGGACGGCAGAGACUUCAUCCGCUGGUCUGCUAAGGAGCUCGUGGAACUAGGCCCUCAGCAGGUGUCUUUGCCACAUAAGCGCAGGGAGAGGAGAAGUGCCAGAAAGGAGGAACAGCCCCCCAUGCCGCCCCCGGAAGUCAUGACCCGUCCCACUGUCUUUGACCACUACGUGAUGAAUCUACCUGCCAUUGCCCUGGAAUUCCUCGAUGCAUUCCCCGGGCUCUACGCCGGUAAAGAGUCGCUGUUUGCGCCGCACACCUCGCAGGCUCUUCCCAUGAUCCAUGUCUACUGCUUCUCUGGCCAUUCGGAAGACGAGACCGAUGACCACGCCGACAUCUGCAAGCGCAUUACCGAACGAAUCGGGCACCCCGUCAAUUUGGAGGACCGAGUUGGGGGCAGUGGCAAUCAGGAACUGGAACUCUCCAUCCACAACGUGAGACUGGUCAGUCCCAACAAGCAAAUGUUCUGUGCCAGCUUCCGUCUACCCAAAGAGGUUGCAUUCCGCAAAGUAUAG